CUCUGUUAGACUCAUAGACGUUGAAAGUAGAACUGAAGACACUAUUGCUGCUAAUCGAUAUUCCCGGUAUAUCGUGUCACCCGUGUCGCGGACGCGCCCCGCCCCUCAUCUCUCAUCCGGCUGUGCGCGCGCCCCGCCCCUAGUCCUUCUUCCAUCCACUGCAGGUUGUCAAGUUGGCAUCUCACGCGUUCCUCCGCGCAUAUCUAAAACUCGUGUUUGGUUCUCCAUGUCAUGAAGACGGAGGCGCUACGAACCGGAUCGAUGAGACUGGAGGCUCCGUUUCUGAAAACGAUCAGCUUUUGGAGCGACCGCGGCGAUGCGCUUCGUCCUCCCUCCACUUCUCCUCGCAUGGGUUCAGAUUGCACUGCUGCUGUGUAGCUUCCUGGAGGCACUAGCGGUGGAUGAUGUGGAUUUCGGCGAGCACGUGGAGACCCAGACAGGCACGAGAGACAGUCUGAGCAGAAAGCAUCACCGGGUCUACCAGCUGUACAGCAAGACCAGCGGAAAACACGUGCAGGUGCUGGGAAGGAAAAUCGUCGCCACGGGAGAAGAUGGGGAUAAAUAUGCCCAGCUCGUGGUGGAGGCCGACACCUUCGGGAGUCAGGUGCGAAUUCGGGGCAAAGAGACCAACUUCUACCUGUGCAUGAACCGCAAGGGGAAACUGGUGGGCAGGAAAGCCAACAGUGCGAAUGCUGAGUGUGUCUUCAUCGAGAUGGUUCUGGAGAACAACUACACGGCCUGGAUGUCGGCGCGUCAUAGCGGCUGGUACAUCGGCUUCACCAAAAAGGGUCGACCUCGCAGAGGGCCUCACACUCUACCGAACCAGCAAGACGUGCACUUCAUGAAGCGUUUUCCUCCCGGCGAGCAGCCGAACCUGCAGCACAGCAGCUUCACCACCGUUAGCAAGAGGAACAGGAGGAUGCAGGAGACCAGCGCUAGUCCUGACUCGCAGUCAGAACACCGUCACACGCUUGUAUAAAGGAUCCCGGAGUCACACUUACUGUACCAAACCUGCCAGGUGUAGGUCACUUCACUUCCAGAUGGAGGUCAAAUUUAGACCGAAUGCAAAUGCUGCGUAAUCAAAGACGGCUGGGCGCGAGUCCAGGGAACAAACUCGGAGACUCCUGACUCCUGACAAGGGCACGUAAAGCCGACAGAAAAUCCUCUCCAGCAUCCAGUACUAUUAGCGAGUCUCGUCAGACAGUCAGUUUCACAGAUAUAAAACCCCGUGAAAGGCGAAAGGCUCGUGUCUACAUUAUUCCGAUCACAUACCUUCUCGAAGUUAAAUAAUCCUGCUUGAAAUGUUAAUCAAUAGGAUAAAAUGCAUAGGCAUGUAAACGACAAGAAAAAGCCAAAUGUAGCUAAUAUUAUGAAUAAUGGAACAAGAAUCCUAGCAAAAGACUGCAUGACGGGAUAAAGAUCUAACAGCGACGUGUUGGUAUGAGCUCAUACAGACAUCCUGGAGUAUAGACUCAUAGGAAAAAACGUACGUCUAUCAACUUACAGUAACGUCUCAAAAGAGUCGAAAUGCGUAUGACAAAAUUUGGCCUCUUUAUUGCAGCCAUGCAGCUUUUUAUUUGCCAACAGAACACAUUAGGUCCGACGUGCAGGUUAGUGACGAAAACUCAGUAACUAUAAUGAGUUUAUAAAUGUACAGAAUAGGAAAAAAAAAAAAAAAGGAACCCUGGAUAAUGCUUCAGUACCCCUCUGAGUCCUUGAGAAUCCUACUUUCUGACAGUUCUUCUGAAGGAGCUCUUUAUUAAAACCCUAAACAAUCCACGAGAACCCUUGGAGAUCCUUUGGAGGACGCUUUGUACUGCGAGUCACAUUACGGUGUGAAACCGAUACGCUUCAACGUUCAUUUACGUUAUAGAAUUUCAGUUAUAGAGCUUAUAGAUCUCUCUAAACUCACGUCUGGACCUUUGAAAUAUCUCUUGCUUGUAUUCUGGCUAAUCAUUUAUGGAGUUUGUUGGUCUAUAAAUCAUGGCGGGAAUGAUAUAUGAUAUGAUGAAAUUUUUAGUCUUAUUAUAUAUUGCUUGACUCCUGGACAUUGGGGUAAAGUCAGAAUUUCCUGAAUUUUGGUGCAUGACUUGGACUCGCUUUGAACUAGGACUUGAGCCUCAAACGUGACUUGAGAUGACGGAGCAUUCAAGAGUGUUCGACUCUCCAACUUGCCUGUUAUUAAUCAGAGCUUUUUGCUCCAUAUACAGUAUAAUCAGCUGCUUACAGGCCCUGAGCCACCAGGGGACCCUGUAAAAAAAAAAAAAAAAAAAAAAGUUAUAUGUUUUU